ACGGCUCGCGAAUUUUUUUCGCUGCUGCUCCAUUUGUAUUGUACAGGCCAAUUGGUUACGGAUAUUCUCCGACGAAGUAACAAUUAAUCGCGAGAGAUAUUUCUCAUAUCAACGCAUUCAUCAUGACUAUUUCAAUUGUUUUGGGCGCCCAAUGGGGUGAUGAAGGUGGGGGAAUGAAUUCCUUACGAUCCCGAUCCCGAUCCCGACUAUUAUCGUCUCAAGAUGAUAUAUAUGAUGCAAUCUACAUGAUGAACGCAGGAAUGCUGAUGCGCGGCUCUUUUUUUCCAUAUGAAUAGGAAAGGGAAAGAUUACAGACAUGCUCUCGCAGCAGGCUACACUUUGUUGUCGUGCCGCUGGCGGCCACAGUAAGUUUUCGCUUUUCACCGGAGCUCGCCCGCUCCCGUUUUGAUAUCAGGGCCCUGGUUCUUAUUGUUUGCGCUUUUCUUAUAGACGCCGGU